CGGCAAUUAAAAAAUAUUUAUCAACCAAAAAACGAGAAUAUUAUCUUUUAGAACUCUCCUGUCCUAGUCCCAGUGCUAGUUGCUUGUUUUCUAUUAUUCUCUUCUCAUUCAACUUCUCCGAAUUAGUCUAUGUAUAUCUCUCUCUAUAUAUAAUACUUCUACCAUCGUUCAUAGCCAUUAUGUUUUUGGUACAUGCAGUCCAUAGACAUUAUUAUUAGCAGUUUUAUUUCACCAAACCCCUCCCCUUUGUAUUUUACCAUGACCGCCAUGGAUACCCUAGAGGAGGAAGCACUCGACCGACUACAAAUGGAGUCAGCGGUCGAGUCAGCCCAGAUAGACUCGUUGCCGAGUCUGGAUGAGGUGGAGGACAUUCUGGGCUACCAGUUUAACAACAAAGGCUUGUUAGAGGAAGCUUUCACACAUGCUUCUCUAGGAAAGAGCUUCUCCAGCGAGCGGCUAGAGUACGUGGGUGACUCUGUGCUUAACCUGCUCUUCACCAAACAGCAGUACUUCGAGUACCCUGAUUUGCCACCGGGGGCUUUGACCAGGCUCCGAGCCGCUAAUGUCGACACCGAGAAACUCGCGCGCGUUGCCUAUAAGCAUGGACUGCACCGUUAUUUACGCCACAAGAAACCUCUUCUUGCGGAACAAAUUCGACAAUUUUCUAAAGAAAUACAGCGCUAUCCCCUGCGUUCUAAUGGACUCGUUGACGUGCCAAAGGCGUUAGCCGAUCUUGUUGAAGCCUCGAUUGGGGCCGUUUUCAUUGACAGCAAUUCCUCCAUUGAUACUGUUCGGACGGUAUUCAAGGAUUUGCUGGAGCCCGUAAUCAGGCGUGAAAACCUCGAGAUACACCCUGUGACGCAGCUGUAUGAAGUGUGCCAGAAGAGGAAUUUGAAAGUGAAGUUUGUAGAUUUAUGGAAAGAAAGCACUGCUUUUGAUGUCUUCGUAGAUGACCGACUUGUGGGAAGAGGCUCAUGUAGUCUCAAGAAGGAAAUUGCACAUAACAGGGCUGCCAAAGAUGCUUUGGACAACAUUCGCAGGAUCUUGGAUGAAAAGGAUAAUUCUCGGAAUUUGGGGGUAUGCUCUGCCCAUCGUUGAUGGGGAUCCCACCUCGAGUUUUUUUUUAUUCUUCUUCUCAAGGCACAGUCAAGUGCCAUUCUACUGUUGGGUGGUGCUGUGUCUAAGGCUGACGCUGUGAUGUUGUUUUUAUGCCGGUUGGAGUCUGCAGCUUAUUUGUUCACGGCCGUAGAUUUAUUUCGGCAUUUUUGUAAUUGGCGUUUCAAAAUAAUAAAAAAAAAGGAUAAUGCUGAAGAAAAACAAA